GCCUGUUUUCACACUCUAAGACUCUACCCAACAACUGCAGUAGUAGAGUCUACUACUCAUGCAAUGAUAAUCUUACUCGGUUAUAGCGGAUACCGUUCCCCUCCCCAUGGUCCAUUUCCUGUGUUAAUGUAACCUGAGAACUGAAGCAAAAAUUAUAGAGUGGAUGACCAGAAGUCAUAGCCUCAGAAUUAAAGUGCCCUCUUUUAGAAAGAAGUUGAGGAGGAACGUGCGGAAACAGGCCCUUCAGCCCACUGAGCCCAUGCCGACCAGCGAUCACCCUGUACACAGGUGCUAUUCUACACACUGGGGACAAUUUACAAUCUUUACAGAACCCAAUUAUCCUACAAGCCUGUAGGUCGUUAGAGUGUGGGAGGAAACGGGAAAACGCAGGCCACGGGGACAACAUACAACUAGUCCCCACCAGACUGGCCGGGAAGCUACUGGAAUUGGGGCUCAACACCUCCCUGUGUGCCUGGGUCCUGGACUUUCUCACCGCCAGGCCCCAGGUAGUCAAGAUGGGAGGGAAUACAUCGAAGUCCCUCACCCUGAGCACAGGAUCGCCCCAGGGUUGCGUCCUCAGCCCCCUAUUGUACUCCCUGUAUACACAUGACUGUGUGGCUAGGUUCAGCUCCAAUUCAAUAAUUAAGUUUGCUGAUGACACUGUGGUGGUGGGCCUGAUCUCAGACAAUGAUGAGAAGGCCUACCGGGAGGAGGUGGCUGAUCUAGCACUCUGGUGCCAGGAGAACAGCCUCCUCUUGAACAUCAAAAAAACAAAGGAGCUGAUCAUGGACUUUAGGAGGGCACAUCAUCCGAGGACGUACACUCCAUUGAGUAUAAAUGGGGAUCCUGUGGAUAGGGUGAACUGUUUUAAAUAUCUGGGAGUCCGCAUCUCUGAGGAUAUGACAUGGUCAUCACACGCCUCAGCACUGGUGAGUAAGGCAAGGCAGCGCCUUUACCACCUCAGGCAAUUGAGGAAAUUCAGAGUGUCUCUGAGGAUCCUACAGUGCUUCUACGCAGCGGCGGUGGAAAGCAUCUUGUCCAGGAACAUUACCAUCUGGUUCGGGAAUUGCUCUGCCAAGGACAAGAAGGCUCUGCAGAGAGUAGUGCGUUCGGCCGAACGCACUAUGGGAACUUCACUCACCCCCCUGCAGGAACUAUACAACAGGAGGUGCAACUCCAGAGCAAACACAAUCAUGAGAGACCUCUUCCACCCCUGCAACGGACUGUUCCAGCCGCUACGGUCAGGCAAACGCCUCCGUUGCCAUGCAGUGAGAACGGAGAGGUUGAGAAGGAGUUUCUUCCCAGAGGCAAUUCGGACUGUAAACGCCUUUCUCACCAGGGACUAACUCUACAGAACGUUUUUCCUUCUAUUAUUUAUUAUGUAAAAGAAUAUGUGUGUUAUGAUUGUGUUUAUAAUUUGUUUGGUUGUUUUGUUGUUUGUCUUUUGCACAAAAGUCCGCGAGCAUUGCCACUUUCAUUUCACUGCACAUCUCGUAUGUGUAUGUGACAAAUAAACUUGACUUGACUUGACAUACUCUGUACAGAUAGCACACGUAGUCAAGAUCAAGCCUAGGUCCCUGGCGCUGUAAGGCAGCAACAUUACCACUGCACCAACGUGCCAAUCCAUCCUGCAAUGGUAUAUACCUCGAUUGGUCCCAGUUCCCUAUCCAAUUGUGGCAGUCUAAUUAGCAAAAUGUUCAGAUACCAUCAACACAGCAUGAAAACAUAGAAAAGGCAGACCCUGCCACCUUCUGGCACAGCAAGGUAAAACUGAAGAUAGACACAAAAUGCUGGAGUAACACAACGGGCCAGGCAACGUCUCUGGAGAAAAAUAAUCGGUGAAGUUUUGGGUCGGUAACCUUCUUCAGACUGAAAAUAGAGAUUGGGGGGAGAGGAAUAAAUUAGUGGCGAGAAAAGGCAAGAACAGUAUUGGGGCUUGCAACAGAUGACGAUAGGAAGGGUGGGGCCCAUAAUGGCCCAUUGUUGUCUGGGGAAUGUGUGAUAAGGAGAGGGGUACCAGGAUGCAGCUAGUGGAUUUGGCCAGGGGAGGAAUCAGUGAGGGCUGAAUGCAGUAGUUCAGCUGCUGCAGUGAAAGCGGUCGCAGACGCGGAGGGCAUAUUGUAUCGGGGUAUCGGCCGACGGCCUGUAUAGGUCCGGUAAACGGUGCUCUGGCACUAUUCCCUGCUGUUACAAAAUGAUAGGAGAGAGUGGGUCUAGUGGUAUGGAGGCCAGUGGAAGAGAGGAUAACGAAGAAAGUGUUGAGAAGGAGUGGGAAACCGUGGGAGCAUGGGGUAGUCCCAGGAAGAGCAGCCGUAAAAGAAGGAAAAACAAUACUGGUGGAUCGGAGAGUGAAGACAAGGAACCAGAAAAGGAAAUGUUGUUAAAUGUAGUGGUGAGGUUUGAAGGAGAAGGAGGAGUAAAGAAGAUAGAGCCAUUGAAGCUGACAAAAAUAAUCAGGGCCCAGGUUGGGGAAGUAAAGUAUGCAAGAGUGCUGGAGGAUGGAAACAUGCUAAUAGGGUGCAACAGUGAGGCUCAAGUUGAAAAGGCACUGAAAAUGAACAAGAUUGACAAAACCAAAAUAAUCAAAGUAGUGAGAGUGGGAGAACAGAGGUCGGCAGGGUGUAAAGGGGUUAUCUAUGGAAUCUCUCUCAAAGUUAAUAUGAGUGAACUGGUUCAGGAACUCAGGAAGAGAUGUGAAUUAAUUAUGAGUGCCAAAAGAAUGAUCAAAGGAACAAAGAAAGAGGAAACUGAGUCAGUCCUGGUCGAAUUCAAGACAGAAACCCUUCCAAAAGUGGUCCAUUUUGGAUUCAUGCGAUAUAGCGUAAGAGAGUACGUAUCCAAACCAAUGAGGUGCUUCAAAUGUCAGAAAUUUGGGCAUAUAGCUAAAAUGUGCAAGGGGGCGAGGAAAUGCGCAAGGUGUAGUGGGGACCAUGAAUAUGGUCAGUGUGGAGAGGGGGUCAGACCAAAGUGCUGUAAUUGUGGAGGAGAGCAUAGUGUGGCUUACUGGGGCUGUGAGGUGAUGAAACGCGAAGCUGUAGUACAAAACAUAAGAGUGAAGGAAAAGGUCUCCUAUGCAGAGGCAGCAAAGAGGGCUGACUACAAAACAGAUGAAUGAAAGAAGGAUCAGGAGGGAGCAAGAUGUGGGCAUAAUGGAGACAAUAAAAGAAAAAGAAAAGAGUAUAUGGAAAGAAAAGAAAAACCUGGUUAUAUUUAUAGCAGGAGUAAUAAAUGCGACAGCAGAAGUAAAAUCCAAAACAGAAAGGAUCCAAAUCAUUGUAAAGGCUGCAGUCCACCACUUGGGCAUGGCAGUAUUGAAGUGGGAGGAAAUACAUGAUGGUCUCAGUAUCCAGGCGAGCCAAGAGUCAACAUGUGUGGGUUAAUAAUAUUAAAGUUAAUCCUACAAUGGAAUGCAUGAAGCUUGUUAGCCAAUGGGCAAGACUUUAAGCAAUUCAUAGACAAUAGGAAGGAAAAACCAGAUGUCGUAUGUAUCCAGGAAACCUGGUUGAAACCAAGUUUAGAUUUUGUUCUAUAUGAUUAUGUUGCAGUGAGAUGUGAUAGGGGAAAUGGGGGAGGAGGGGGUUGCGCCACUUUCAUUAAAAAAGGGAUACCAUACAGGGUAUUAGGAAUUGGGCAGGAACAGGAAUAUGUGGUAAUAGAAGUAUGGUCUGAGAGCAGGAAAAUAGUGGUAAUAAAUUACUAUAAUCCAUGUAAGCGAUUAGAGGUCAGUAAGUUACAGGAAGUAGAAGGCCAGAGCAAAUCUAAUGUUAUUUGGUGUGGGGACUUUAACGCACAUAAUACAUUAUGGGGCAGUGGAAAGUCAGAUAAUAAUGGGCAGGUAAUUGAGGAAUUAUUAAAUGAUGGAAAGAAGACCAGGGUAGAUGUUAGGACAGGGAAGGGGUCUAAUCUUACACUUGUUUCUAAUCGGAUUGCUGCUAAAUGUGACUGGGAAGUUUAUGAAAAGGUACCAUAGGAGGUGAUCAUCAUCCUGUGCUAUGCAAAAUAAAUGUUACUUUAAUUAUGAGUAAAGAAAACAGAAGUGGACGAUGGGUUUUUGGAAAGGCUAAUUGGGAGAAAUUUAAGGAGGAAAGUGAUAGAUAUGUAAAACCGAUACAAGAAGAGACUGAUAUAGAAAGCUUUGAGAAUAAAUUGUCAGAAGGUAUCAAAAGAGCAGCAUUAGUUUCCAUACUUAAAAGUAAAGGAAGAUCAAAAAGGAAAGCUGUGCCAUGGUGGGACAAUAAGUGUAAAGAGGUGGUGGUGAAUAGAAACAGAGCAUUCAGAUUAUUAAAAAGAACUCAUAACUACCAACACAUGAUUAAUUACAAACAGGCUCAGGCAAUUGUAAGGAGGACUAUAAGACAAACAAAAAGAGCAUAUUGGAGGAAGUAUUGUGAUUCAAUUGGAAGCACAACACAUGUAGGGGAGAUAUGAGGGAUGAUUAAAAAAAUGGAAGGUGAUAAAAGGGAGUGGAGUUAUCCCAUCCUAACAAAUGGAGAUCAAACUGUAGUCUCAAAUAAAGACAAAGCAGAACUAAUGGUUAACACUUUUAGUAGGGUUCACAGCUCCCACAACUUAUCAGGUGAAGGAAGAAGAGGUAGGGAAAGAACAAGAGAGGAACAUGUUGAGGCCUUACAAAGGAAAGAUAUCACAGAGGACAAGUACAAUAUUCCAUUUAAUUUGGGGGAGCUAAAGAGAGCUCUGGCCAAGUGUAAGAACUCAGCCCCAGGGAAGGAUGAUAGAUGUUUUAUCAUUAUGUAACACAUAAGUGAGGAGGGACUCCAAAAGCUACUUGCACUAUAUAACAAGGUGUGGGAAAUAGGGCGAAUACCGGAGAGGUGGAAGGAAGCAAUCAUUGUGCCUAUUAGAAAACCAGGGAAAGAUGCAAGUAAUCCAGUAAAUUAUAGACCUAUAGCUUUAACAGCACACAUGUGUAAACUGAUGGAAAGAAUGGUAAAUGAAAGAUUAAUGCAUCUAAUGGAAGAAAACUGUAUAGUGGCUAAUUAUCAGAGUGGUUUUAGAAAAGGGAGAGGUACUAAUGAUCCAGUUCUGUGCUUGGAAGAUGAUAUAAGGAAAGCACAACUCAAAAAAUAAUCUGUAGUUACCAUAUUUUUUGAUGUGGAGAAGGCUUACGAUAUGUUGUGGAGAGAAGGUCUUCUAAUAAAGCUGCAUUUAAUGGGAGUAGGAGGAAAUAUUUUUAACUGGAUAACGGAUUUUCUCAACGGUAGAAGUAUCCAAGUUAAAAUAGGGUCAGACAUCUCUAGUAAAUGUGUAGUCGAGAAUGGAACUCCCCAGGGAAGUGCGAUAAGCCCGAUCCUAUUCUCAAUCAUGAUCAAUGAUAUAUUUGCAAACAUUCAACCAGAGAUGGGGCGAUCGCUCUUUGCAGAUGAUGGCAGCCUAUGGAGAAGGGGGAGGAAUAUAGAUUUUAUCGUGGAAAAAGUACAGCAAGGGAUAGCCCAGGUGGAAGAGUGGGGAGGGAAAUGGGGUUUUAAAUUCUCUAUAGAGAAGACAAAGACAAUGAUUUUCACAAGGAAAAAAAUUAAAGAGGAUGUCCAGUUAAAACUAUACGGCAACAAUUUGGAAAGAGUAAAAGAUUUCCGUUUCCUGUGGGUUCAUUUUGACUCCAGAUUAACAUGGAGGGUCCACAUUACAAAAAUAAUUUAAAAAUGCAAAAAAGCCAUCAAUGUAAUGAGAUGCUUGGCAGGUUUAGAGUGGGGAGCAGAUGUAUUAUCUCUUAAACGUAUUUAUGUAUCACUGAUCAGAUCCAGACUAGAGUAUGGCAGUAUAGCUUAUGGGUCAGCAUCUAAGUCAGUGUUGUCCGAGUUGGACAAAGUCCAAGCGGAAGCUCUAAGAAUCUGUAUAGGAGGUGUGCGGACGUCACCUGUAUGUGCACUACAGGUGGAAACUGGGGAGAUGCCAUUGAGACUGCGCCGCAGACAACUAAUGGCUAAUUACUGGCUAAGCCUUAAGGAUCAUGGAGAGAACCACCCAACAAAACAGGUAGUACAGGAAUGCUGGGAGAGAGGGGUGGCUCAGGAUGGAAGCUUCGGCUGGAUUGGAGGAGUUGUGGCAAGGGACAUGGGAGUAGAGAACAAAGAGUUCUGCCCUGCAAUAUUGUGGCCAUCUGUGCCAAUAUGGUUACUGAACAUCCCAAAAGUUGAUCUGGAGAUAUGGGAGGAAAAAAGGAGAAACAAAAAUUCAGACCUAAAGACAGAAUAUCAUAACCAUAUAGAUAAUAGAUACAGGGAACACCUCUUAAUUUUCACAGAUGGAUCAAAGGACCCAGUAGCUGAAACAACAGGGGCGGCUGUGGUAGUCCAGGGGAUGAAUGUUGAGCUUUACAAAAGAACAAAUAACUAUUUGACAGUAUAUACAGUGGAACUGUACGCUAUUUUGAUGGCAGUUCGGUGGAUGGAACAGAUGCAACCAUGUAAAGUAUUAAUAUGUAGCGACUCAUUAUCUGCAAUCCAGAGUAUUGGGUCUGGUGCAUCCCAUAGGCGGCCUGACUUAGUGUAUGAAAUCCUGCUACUAUUAAGCCAAGUGACAAGGAGGGGCAGUGACGUGACUUUGUUGUGGGUCCCAGCACACAUUGGUGUUCUAGGGAAUGAAAAGGUGGAUAAAUUAGCAAAGGAGGCUGUAAAAAAAAGAAAUAUAGAUGUAAACUUACAACUAUCCAAAUCUGAAGGAAAACACAUUGUGUGGAAGAAAAUAAAUCAGGAAUGGCAACAAUACUGGGAACAGGAGACAAAGGGGAGACGCCUCUAUUCGCUACAAAACAGAGUGGGCAUUACAGCAAGAAGAGGGGGGAACAGGAGGGAACAGGUAGUAUUAACAAGAUUGAGGAUAGGACACACUCACCUGAACAGCACAUUAAAAAUAUUGGGAAAACACCCUACUGGCCUGCGUGAGGAAUGCCAUCAGCCAGAAACAGUUGAGCAUGCCCUAAUUGCAUGUAGGAGAUAUGAGACAGAAAGAGGACUGAUGAUCAUUGAAAUGAGGAAAAUUGGAUUGACAGACAUAUCAGUAAAGAACAUUCUAGAGUGUGGAGGGAAAGGAAAAGGAAUAAAGUUGUUGUUUGAUUUCUUGAGGGCCUCUGGGCUUAUAAAAAGGAUAUAAUGUAAAGACAUGAAUGAGUACUGUGGAAUGAAGCCAGAAGGUGGCAGCAAUGCAACAUUGUGGAUGCCGGCUGCCGUAAAACACCCAAAGAAGAAGAAGAAGAAGAAGAAGAAGAUGCGGCUAGUGGAACUGGUGGGACGUCUCAGUUGGUGGAAGGGGAGGGAAUGCAGGAGUUACUUGAGAUUAGAGAAAUCAAUAUUCAUACUGUUGGGUUGUAAGCUGCCCAAGCAAAGUAUGAGGUGCUGUUCUUUAAUCUAUUGGCCUCACAAUGACAGCGGAGGAGGCCCAGGACAGAAAGAGGAAUAUUGAAUGUUUCUGGCAGAAACACGACCACAAUUGCUGAGAACACCAUCAACACCCCCAUCACAAUAAGCGGCAGGUUCUCUUGAUAAAUACCUGUGAAAAGAAAGCAAAUCUCCCUGAAGAAAAAUCAACAAAUUAACAUAAAAAGCCAAAUUUAUUAAUGCAACCAAGGUCAAUGUGAAAUCAAAUGUACGUCACAAAAUGUAUAUUCAAGUAAUUUCCAUGAUAGACACAAAAUGCUGGAAUAACUCAGUGUACAGGCAGCAUCUCUGGAUAGAAGCUCCGGGCCGCGGGGUGUGCUCGACCUGUCCCGACGUCGGCGUUCCGACCAGAGAGUUUGAACAUCGGGCCGUCCGUAGCGGUGACCACGGAGGGUCAGGGCCCCGACCACGGGUGAACAAGGGAGGAGCAGGAAGAGGAGAAGGACUGUCUGAACUGUAUUGUCUUCCACCACAGUGAAGAAUGCUGUGAUGGAUGUCUGUAGAAUUACAUUGUGCAUGGUAUCCUUUUUUAAUUGUAACGCUGCAUGGUAAAUUACAUUUCACUGCACCUUAUGGUGCAUGUGGCAAAUAAAUUUGAACAAACUUGAAUGAAUGGGUGGCGUUUUGGGUCGAGGCCCUUCUUCAGACUGAGUCAGGGGAGAGGGAGACACAGUGGUAAGGAAGGUUAAGAUGUGAAAAUGAGACAUCAAAAGAGAAGUAAAUCAAGGAACGUGGCGAUUAGAUCAUUGUUAGCUGGGAGAAGGUGAGAACAAAGCAAACAAAGAUAAAAUGUAAUCUGGGGACAGUCAGACUGGCCGGAGAACUGUGAAGGUGGAGGGAAUACA